CGUGUUGAAUACCGUAAAAAUAUAUUUAUGACCAUUUAUAAAAUGACAGGGUCGUAAUGGAGUCAGCAGAAUUAUCGGAGGAGGCUCCUUUACGCGCGCAAUUUACAGUUGAUGAUUUAGACAUUGAAAUAUUACCACUUAUAUAUGAAAUAAUUCGGAGUAUUGAAAAAGAUCCACAUGAUACUACGCAGAAGGCCAAAGAAUCUCAGGAUACAAGUCAUAAGAUUUUAGAACUGCAAAAGAAAUUUGAUUCUGCAAGGGCACAGAUUAAAAGACUACCAGGAAUAGAAUACAGUAAAGAAGAACAAUUACAAAAGCUUGAAACUCUUCGCAAACAGCUGAGACUUAAACGCGAGCUUCUAUUAAAGUACCGUAAUAUGUGUACAUUUGAAGUACCAAAAGUAUAAA